GGCGGAGGUGACGUCGUGACGUCGUGCGUCAUCGCGUGCGCGCCUGCUCUUGUACUCUCCUGCGCCGCGUCGAGGCUGGCGGAGCGGCCGAAUCCGCGGUAGGGUCGUAGCUGGUCGCGGCUGGGUCCACCCUGCGAGCCCCGCGUGACGUGACGAAAGUUGAACCGUCGCGUUUCCUAAUCGGGCGGGAUUGAGAAAAUUCGCAUGUACGACCUCCUCACAGUCCUAUCUCGCGAUCCGCGCCAGCUAGCGCCUUCGGACAAGGUGCGUUGGAAUUGUAUCCCUCAAACUAAGAGGUUCCCGAGGCUACAAGUCCCUGCUAUCACUCCUUCCAAUUCUAUUCCCUCCGAACUCGCUGGGAAAGCGUGACAUGGGCAGUCCAAUAAUUAUGCAGAGCGCACUUCUUGCUCGUUCCUUCUCUUUCAAAGGCAGAGUUGAAGAGUGCUGGCUGGCCUACCUCUCUGCAACAUAGCUAGUCCAUCCCCUCCUUCCUCCCCUUUCUCUGAAUUUACUCCUCCAGUCACUCUCCUACAGACCCUGCUCCAGACACAACAAAUCAUCUGCUGAUUACCACAAAUCGUCCGUGAUUCCGGUCAAUAGUCGUUCGACGGCGCUUCAUCUCCGCCCGACGGCUGUGCUGCUUCGGUCGAGGGCUCGCCUCAGCUCUGAUCCGUCGUACGACCUCUUCGAGUGCUCCGAUUUACCUUUCGCGACCUGAUCCGAGGGCUCGAGGCCAGUCGGUGGCGUGGGUAUAUAUGUCUGGCUGCGAGACAGCUUCUCUCAUUCUCGCUCAUAACAUAUACAACGAGC